UGUGGAGCAGGACAAGUGCCUUUGACGUUAGUUACUGUUUAACAUCUCCACCCACUUGGAGUUGAUUCAAAGAUCGAUGCGGUGACAGCUUGGUGAGGGCCCGGCGCCUGGGAGCCAGCCGCGCUCAGCAGCAGAUGGCAAGGGCGCACCUUCCUCCCUCAGCUUCCCCCCUCUGCUGAGCCCUCGCCCGCUGGCCGCCGCCGCCUCCGCCGCCCACUGCAAUGACAACAAGCGGCGCGGACGCCUCGUAACCAGACGGAAGCAUCUCCCAGACUUGAUUUUCACUGCUCAAGAUAUCUGAAACCUCAUCACUGGUUGUUCCAUCGCUGAUUGCAUAUUUUUAUACAACUCACAUCAACGGUACAUGCUGCAAUCUUUCUGGGUGGUCACCUUGCAGCCUGCAGUGCGGUGGGGCUGUUCAGAGCAGAGGUGUUGAUCAGGACAGAUACUUCUCCAACAGAGACAAACACUAUGAAUACAUCAGACAGUGGAAUCAGCACUUUCUGUGCAAUCUGUGGGGACCGAGCCACAGGCAAACACUAUGGUGCCUCCAGUUGUGAUGGAUGCAAGGGUUUCUUCAGGCGAAGCAUAAGGAAGAGUCACGUAUACUCAUGCAGGUUUAAUCGACAGUGUGUUGUUGACAAAGACAAGAGGAACCAGUGCAGAUAUUGCAGAUUGAAGAAAUGUUUUCGAGCUGGGAUGAAGAAAGAAGCUGUACAAAACGAACGGGAUCGUAUAAGCAACAGAAGGAACAGCUACGAGAGUGGCAGCUCACCCUCUAUCAACGUGCUGGCUCAGGCUGAAGUCCUUUCUCAUCAGAUCACCCUCUCAGUUUCAGCAGCGAACACAGACAUCACCACGAAGAAAGUGGCUACUAUUAGUGAUGUCUGUGAGUCAAUGAAGGAACAGUUGUUGGUUUUGGUGGAAUGGGCAAAGUAUAUUCCAGCUUUCAGUGAACUGCCCCUAGAUGAUCAGGUGGCUUUGUUGAGAGCACAUGCUGGGGAACACCUGCUACUCGGAGUGGCGAAACGGUCUAUGUCAUAUAAGGACGUCCUACUGCUAGGGAAUGAUUAUGCCAUACAUCGCAACAGUCCGGAAAUGGAAAUUAGUCGUGUGGCAAAUAGGAUUUUAGAUGAGUUGGUGCGGCCUUUUCAAGAAAUUCAGAUAGAUGACAAUGAAUACGCCUGCUUGAAAGCUAUUGUUUUCUUCGAUCCAGAUGCAAAAGCACUAAAUGAUCCAUCAAAAAUCAAGAACAUGCGUUAUCAAGUGCAAGUUAGUUUGGAGGAUUAUAUUAAUGAUCGACAGUAUGAUUCCCGAGGACGAUUUGGAGAACUACUUCUGCUGUUGCCGACUCUUCAGAGUAUAACCUGGCAAAUGAUUGAACAAAUUCAAUUUGUCAAACUUUUUGGACUAGCAAAGAUUGACAACUUGCUCCAAGAAAUGUUGCUGGGAGGCACAACCAAUGAUCCAAGUCAUCUCCAUCAUCCACUAAACCCUCAUGUAACCCAGGAUCCAGUAACAGGCCAAACCAUUUUGAUCAGUUCAAUGCCUACAGCAACUCGCACUGAACAGAUGUCGACACCAGAAACACCACUACCAUCUCCUCCACAAGGUUCAGGGCAAGAACAAUACAAGCUUGCUUCAAACCAGCUUUCCGUUAUUUCUCAGCAAGGGCCAUUGCCAAAACCGAAGGGCUUGUGAUGCCAAACUUAAAGAAUGACAGAUUGUACUUCCUAUCCUUUUGAAUACGAGACAGCUGAAUGAAGUUACCAAAUCUGAUUCAAGCCAUGGGUAGAAAGCAGCACUGCCUUUCUGUAUGUAUACCACUAAUUUCUUGUCUUUGCCAACAUGUUUUUUGUGGAAUAUGCCACUGCAAGAGCAAGAAGUCUUAAACACAUGUUGCCAUCUCAGGUGAAUAUUUUAAAGAGAUUUGUUUAAAGCUAUUUGCAUAAAAACAAAAUAAACUUAUCAGAAGUCUUUUUUGUAAUUUUUGUAGAUUGUAGAUUAAAUUCCCCAAUUUGAAUAUGGUUGGUUGUUUCACUAUUUUCCACAUUAGUGUAGCCGAUAAUUAAGAUGUUUGACAGUGAAUAAAAGAAUUGUGUCAUAUUUGAUAAUGUUAUAAACCGUAAAUUCUACCUUUUGAGACUGACUUCACUGAAGCUUUGAGGUAGAUAAAGAUGAUUAAAAAUUCAUAUAUGGAAAAUGACUGAAUGAGUUAGAAGGUGGUAACCCAACCAAAGUGUGGUAAUUGUAAAAUUCAAAUUUACAUUAUUACAGCCAGUAUCAUAAUGCCAAGUCAUUUCUUUUUAAAAUUGUACAUAUGUGUUUUUAAAAGGUGCUCUUGCUUUGAGUUGUGCCAUCUAACUUCAUAGCUUACUGUACUGUCUGUGAUAUAUUUUACACCAGCAACAAAGGGCAUGCCAGGUCUUACAAUGGGGUCUUGUAUUGCAUGACCAGGAAAGGGAGCUUCACUGAACAGUAAUACAAUUUGCUUUUACAAGAAGCCAUCCUUACUAUUUCUGUACCUUUUUAUGAAAUCAAUGGCAGCUCAAAUCAGAUUAGCUUCCAAACUAAUAUCAAAGUUUAUUAUUGAAUGCAUUAGAGUUGAUUUUUUAAUAUGGCUGGUGAAUAGAAUUUGCUCCGAUAGUUUUCGACUAUUAACUGCCUUAAAUUGCUGAAUGCAUCCUUUAUUGUAUCUUGUGUAAAUGGAGUAAGCCUAUUUUAUGACUUUUUCUUGGUUUGUAUAUAGUGAGGAAUUAGAUAAUCAAUGUAAUUUAUUGUGAUGGAAUGAUCUAUUUUAUAAGUGAAAUUAUUUUUGUAUGAAUUAUUGUGAAUGAUUCAAAAAUGAUCCAAUCCUGAAAGUAAAUCAAUACUGGAAUGUAAAGUGUACACAGUUUUAAAUAUUGUUUUGCAUUAUAUAAUGAGUUGAAUGUUCAGUACAUUGUAUGUACUUUCAGAAAAUUUGAGUUCUCCACAUGGUAAAAUACGAAUAAAUGUUAAUAUCUUGCCAA